AUGGCCUUUAGUCGGGCCCAUGGAUGUAGGAAGGGGAAGCAGGAGGCCGAGAGAGCGAGAGAGGCUCGCCUCAGUGCCUCGGGGCCCACCACACGCCCUGGAAGACAAUCUCAGGGCUUUCUGGACACUGCACUCCAGCCCGGCCCGCCUGCCUGCUCCCUCGGCCAGUGGGCCAGGGCCCGGGGUGGUGCCUUACGGCUCUUCUGCCCAUUUGUUGGUGAUGAGUUUUGCAUCCGGAUUUCUAUAUUGUCCCUCCAUAUUGUAACUAUAAUUUAUUCAUUUCUCUCUGUGUCUGUGCCAAGGAGCCCAGGCGCUGCGCUUGCCUUCUUACCCAGGAGGCCGUCAGCCUGUGUGCUCGUGGGAACACCUUAUGCCUGA